AUGAUUAAAAGAUGGAUAUUGGAAGAUGAGGAUGGUGAUUAUGAUGAUGAGCUUGGUUUGUUUGAUGUGGCUACUGAGAGAGUGAGUCAUCGAACAGAUAGAGGAGUAGGAUGGCGUUAUGUUCAACAGCUUAUGUAUGAAUCUGAUCAGCAGUGCUAUGACAUUCUUCGGAUGCAUCAGAGAACUUCUAAAGCUUUGUGUAAGUUGCUAACUGAGCAAUAUGGAUUGAAAGAGUCUCACAAUGUCUACCUUGAGGAAUCUGUUGCAAUGUUUCUUGAGGUUGUUGGUCAAGAUAAGACUAAGCGGGUUAUUGCUUCAAGGUAUCAAAGAUCAUUGGAUACGGUACAAAGAAAGCUUGAUGAUGUCUUGAGUGCUCUUCUCAAGUUUGCAGCAGAUACACUAAGACCACAAGAAGGCGAGUUUGAAAGAGUAAGUCCUGUUGUGAGGAAUGAUCGUCAGUAUUGGCCUCAUUUCAAAGAUUGUGUCGGAGCACUUGAUGGAACGCAUGUCCCGGUUCGUCCUCUAAGUCAGAAUGCAGAAGCCUAUAAUGGUAGAAAAGGAGUUACAAUGAAUGUUCUUGCUAUAUGUAACUUCGAUAUGAAGUUCAUAUAUGCAUAUGUCGGAGUACCUGGUAGAGCACAUGAUUUAAAGGUCUUGACUCAUUAUGCGAGGAAUGAGGCUUCUUUCCCACAUCCUCCUCCUGGAAAGUACUACUUAGUUGAUUCCGGAUACUCGACCAGGACAGGGUAUCUUGGUCCGCAUCGUAAUAUGCGAUAUCAUAUUCCUCAAUUUCAGAGAGGAGGACCACCAGUUAGUGCACGAGAGCUGUUUAACAAAAGGCAUUCAAGUCUGCGAUCAUACAUUGAGAGGACAUUUGGAGUAUGGAAAGCAAAAUGGAGGAUUUUGGACCGUAAGCAUCCAAAGUAUGGUCUGGUCAAGUGGAUUAAGUUGGUGACAGCGACGAUGGCGUUACACAACUUCAUACGUGAUUCACAUCGAGAUGAUCAAGAUUUUUUAGAAUGGGAAAAUGUUGAUGUUGGAGUUGAAGAAACUCAUGCGUCAUGCGUCGGCGUCCUGCGGCUGCAUCAAUUUUCUGCGUCUUCAAAACGAACAACAAUCAGCGUUGGCGUCGGCGUCGGCGUCAGCGUCUAUGAAACGAAUAUCAGAUUAAACGAGUUUGACGCAGUCGCUGACGCCGAACGAACAGGAAAGCAGAGCUAA